CUUCGAUGCUGCUCCCGGCGAAGAACGUCCCCCCUGAAAGGCGUAACUUCCCGCCGCUCCCGGAAGCCUCUAAAGCCCUAAUCUCCGUCGGAACAUCGCCGCCCUUGCGCCGCCGCCCGCGUGACGUAUCUCGGUGGCGGAAUGGCGGCCCGCCGGAUGAUGCUCCUGCGAAGGUUCUCGACCGCUUCUUCGAAACCUCUGCGGGUCUGCGUGGUCGGGAGCGGACCGGCGGGUUUCUACACUGCCGAGAAGAUGCUGAAGAGGCACGAAGCCGCGCAGGUUGAUAUAAUCGAUCGUCUGCCCACGCCUUUCGGGUUGGUCCGCUCGGGCGUGGCACCGGAUCAUCCUGACACGAAGAUCGUGGUUAAUCAAUUUUCUCGUGUUUGCCAUCACGAGCGCUGCUCUUUCUUUGGCAAUGUCACUCUCGGUUCCUCUAUUUCUCUGCCAGAGCUCCGCAAUCUGUACCACGUGGUUGUGCUUGCUUAUGGUGCUGAAAGUGACAGAAGUCUUGGCAUUCUGGGUGAAGACUUUUCUGGGAUACAUUCAGCUCGAGAAUUUGUCUGGUGGUAUAAUGGCCACCCAGACUGCAGAAAUUUGGAGUUGGAUUUGAGAAAUACUCAGACAGUUGUAAUUCUUGGCCAGGGCAAUGUUGCUCUUGAUGUUGCACGCAUUCUUCUGCGGCCUACAGUUGAAUUAGCAACAACAGACAUUGCUAACCAUGCACUAGCUACUUUGCAGGAAAGCACUAUAAGGAAAGUGUAUUUGGUUGGAAGGCGUGGACCAGCCCAAGCAGCUUGUACCGCGAAGGAGCUACGUGAAGUUCUUGGUAUCAAAGAUUUAUAUGUUGGCAUUUCGGAAUCUGAUUUACUCAAAACCCCAGAGGAUGAGGAAGAGCUGAAGAACGACCGGAUAAGGAGGAGGGUUUACGAGUUGUUGUCAAAGGCAGCCACCUCAAAUCGGUCAAGUCCGAGAUCCGAUCAACAUGAACUCCACUUUGUUUUCUUCCGCAAACCAGAUAGGUUUCUGGAUGAUGGACAUGGGCAUGUGACAGCUGUUCGCUUGGAGAAGACUGCUCUCACAGGUAAUGGCGCUGGAAAGCAAAUUGCAGUUGGGACUGGAGAAUUUCAAGACAUUGAAUGCGAGAUGGUACUAAAGAGCAUUGGUUACAAAUCAGUACCAGUUGAUGGCUUACCAUUUGAUCAUCGAGCAGGUGUGGUUCCGAAUGUUAUGGGCAGAGUUCUGCGUGAUACAUCUGGCGAAUCAGCAAUUGAUGAAGGUCUAUAUGUCUGCGGAUGGUUAAAGAGAGGGCCAACUGGAAUUAUUGCUACAAACCUUUAUUGUGCAGAAGAAACUGUUGCGAGUAUAUCUGAGGACAUAGAUCGUGGGGUAUUGGUGCCAUCGUUACCAAAGCCAGGGAGAGAUGGUCUUCUCCAGUUAUUAGAUGAUCGGAACAUCAGAGUUGUGCCAUUCAGUACCUGGGAAAAGAUAGAUUCUGAAGAAAGGAGGCUUGGGAGUUUGAGAAACAAACCCAGGGAAAAGUUGGCCACAUGGGAUGAACUAUUGAGAGCUUCUGAAACUGAUCAGCUGUCCUAGAAGAUUACGUCCAUUUGACGCGGUCUGGCCAGAAAGUAGUACUGAACGAUAAUGCUGAUCCUGGCAUACUUCUCUUGACUUGCCAUCAUUGACAGUUAAAUUUCGCCGCAUCA